AUGACCUCCGACGUCACUUCCGAUCUCGCCUCGAGCUCGUUCCUGACCCCAACCCUCUCCCACGUCAUCAAACGUCUCGAGUCUGCCUCAUCUCCCCCAACAUGCAACACCUCCAUCAUCUCCCUCGAUGGCUUCCCCAUGCCCAACCCGACCAAGUCCUUCUGGCAGGACCCGCCCCACCGCAUCGCCAACCUCCGCUCGACGCCAGACCUGCCCACGGACGAGACCUUUGACUACGUCAUCAUCGGCUCGGGCAUCAGCGGCGCCGCCACCGCCCACAAGCUGCUGACCCGCGACCCGUCGCUGUCCAUCCUGAUGCUCGAGGCCCGCGCCGCCGCGUCGGGCGCGUCGGGGAGGAACGGCGGCCACGCCAAGACGGGCGACUACAAAAAGAUCAAGGAGUGGAUCGAGCUGUACGGCGAGGACGAGGCGCUCAAAGUUGCCAAGCUGGAGCAGGACUGCGUAGAUGACGUGCGGGAUUUUGUGCUCUCCCACAACGUGUCGAGCGGGUGGCGGGACGUCGAGACGGCAGAUCUGUACUACACCCACGAGGAGUUUGACAAGGCCGUCGAGACUGUAGAGUUUCAGCAGGCCUUGGAGGAACGCCGGCCCAAGGACGUGCCGCAGGGAAACCCGCGCAGGAUCCUCCGGGGCCAAGAGGCGAGGGAUCAUUCGCAAUGGCCCGAGAUCCUCGGCGCCGUGACGUAUACGGGCCACACCCAGAACCCCUACAUGACGGUCUGCGCAAUGCUCGAGCUCGGCCUGGCCAAAGGCCUCAAUCUACAAACACACACCAUGGCCCUCCAGCUCACCCUAGUCUCAGGCCCGGACGACGCCAACCCCAGCACCUGGGAGGUCAAGACGGACCGCGGAACCGUCAAGGGCAGCAAGGUCGUGCUGGCUACCAACGGCUUCACCCCGGCCCUGCAUCCGGGCUUCAGGGCGACGCAGUUCCUCCAGCCGGGCCGCAGCCAGGUGUCAGCCGUGCGCCCGUCGGCCGACACGUCCGCCAACCCCGUCUUCAAACGCAGCUACAGCUACGGCGACGACCCGACCGGCGGGGGCUACUACAUCACGGCGCGCCAGCCCGGAGACGCUGGCGCCGGCGCCGUCAUCUACGGCGGCGGGCAGGUGUUUAGCCCGUCGGGGGAGCGCAACGUGACCGACGACACGGUCGUCAACGACAAGAUUGCGCAUUUCCUGCGCAGCGCCGGGCGCGUGAGCUUUGGGCGCGAGAACUGGGGGGAGGCGACAGAGUCUCUGGGCGACUGGACCGGCAUCACCUGCUAUACAUCGGACGGUCUGCCGGUCGUGGGCCCUGUCCCUGGCGAGGAGGGGCUGUUUGCGUCGGUGUGCAUGAAUGGUCACGGCAUGGCGUGGGCCUUUCGGAGCGCCGAGGCACUGGUCGAGAUGAUGGAAGAGGGAAAGCCGCCAGUCUGGUUCCCUGCACCGUUUGACAUUAAAAGGGCUUGGAAGGGGAAGAAUCUGGCUUAGCGUCUCGUCAAAGUCGAGGUUAGUCAGGCUCUGCCCAAAUCUUGUGAAUUUUGCAUCUUAAAAAAGCCAGUGCUGUAUGGUGAAGACCCACCUCUCCCAUAUAAUCCU